AUGGAAGCGGUCGGUCGCGUCGCCAGAAUUUCCCUACAGCAACUUCCUGCCGACAUCCUCGAGUGUCUUUGCAGUCUCUUGACGGGCUUCGACGCGUUGAGUUUAUCCCAGACGAACUCGUGGUGGAGUAACUUCCUAUCGGACGAUUCCUUCUGGCAAAAACGUCUUCAGGGACCAAUUAGUGUCGUGCACAUCCAAGAUCCUUGGAAGAAGAGGUACAUGCAGUCGAGGUCCAUGCUGUUCAAGGCUCUCAAGGUGAACGGCGAAAGCGAGAAGCUGGAUGCCUUCGUGUACUUGACGUACCGAGGUGAGCAGCGUCGACGAGAUCUGCAUCGCUCGUCGCACUUCCAGUUGACGCACCUGAGGAGCGAGAGCUUCAGCUUCGAUCUCUGGUUCAGUCUGCUGCCGGCCACGAGGAAGACUUCGAGUUCCAGCCGCGAAUGUUAUCAAUGGCCUCACUACCACCAGCAGUUUGUGAUGGUCAGCUCCCGUGGAGAGCUCUACUGCUCCGUGCUCGCUGGUAAACACGCCGUGGCGAGUGACUUACAGUCGAAGCGGUGGUAUCACGUCGCGCUGACUUACGAUCAUGACCACCAGCGCCAAGAAGUGUAUCUGGAUGGAGCUAAGGUCUGGUCGGUCUUGGGAUCACGGCACCAUGAAUGGAGCCACUUGACCUCUGGACAAGUGGGGACUGGUUGCGUUACUUCAGACUCGCUCGACUGCCCCUACCAAGGCUACAUUGGCUGGUACGGAUUCCACGGUGUCGUCGAUGCCUUCCGAGUCUGGAGAGGCGUUGUAUCUGGAGACGACGUGAAGCUGCUAGCUACUGGUGGCGAAUUGGAGGCCGAAAGACUGCGAGCUUCAGCGAAGCUGAACUCACCAAGUAUCGCGCAAAGGAAGCUACAGCGCAACGUGCAACUGGCCAAGUGCACUCGACCAGCUGAAGGAAGGACGAUUCAAUUCGCAAAGUGA